UUCCCUGCAGAGAGCGGAGAAAGUGUUGCCAGCACUACGCUGCAGCAAACACAGGCCAUCUCCGGCAAUACAGUUGUAAAAGCCAAACGACAACAGUUUCGUUAUGUUACGGUCAAGCAGCAAAUGCAGGAAAUUCCGGAUGAUGUCAUAAUAAAAGUAAAAGAGCGACUUCAGGGUAGUGUAACCGAGGAGCAGCUUGGAACAGCCGAAAACCCGCGUCUCUACAUCUGGGACUUCGGCGGCCAGGCCGCGUACUACGGGUCGCACCAGAGCUUCUUCACCUACCGCGGGAUCUACAUCCUGGUCAUGUCUCUGCUGCAGAAACUGUCAGACCCAGUUCCUGAUCAGGACUACAAGGCAGCUGCGGAAAACCUCGUCACCGGAAGAGACUACUUAGACCACUGGCUGAACUCUAUCCUCACACACACCCUGGUGCACGGACGGGAACACACAGGGCAGCCGCCUGUCGUCUUGGUCCUCACAUGCCAAGACAUGGUCAGCGAGUCAGAAAUUGAGAACUACAAGAAAGACAUACUGAAUCACAUCAGGGGCAAGGCUGCAGGCAAACACGUCUUGCCAAAGAUUUUUGUCGUCGACAACUUCAACGAGGACAACAGCGACAUUGACGAGCUCCGAGACUACCUCCGUGAGGUGGCGAAGUCUCAGUGGUACAUGGGCCAGGAGGUGCCGAUAACCUGGCUUCAUCUGAAGUCCAAGCUGAUGGACAAGAGGAGAGAGGACGACCCAUUCUGCCCUUUUCAACAUGUCGUAGAUCUAGCCCGGAGUGAUGACGUGGGCAUCACGGACGACAGCCAUGUUGCCGAUAUCCUGACCUUCCUGCACGACCUUGGUGACAUCAUCUUCAUCAAUGAACCCGUCCUUCGCGAUCACGUGGCUCUUAGACCUCAGGUGAUGAUUGACGUCUUCAAGACCAUCAUUACCGUUCCUGAGUACCAACAAGACAGGAGCAUGGGUGGGGAGGUCGCCGAGAUGUGGAGGAGGCUGGAGAAUGAAGGGAUCCUCAGUGACAGGUUGUUGACAAUCAUCUGGAGCAAAGCAGAUCGGAAGAUGCAGAAGCCCUUUCUGCUCCGGAACAAGGCCUUCCUAAAGCAACUGAUGGAGAAGUACGACCUCAUCUGCAACGCCACGCAGAUCGGUGGAUUCGAGGACAUAGUGGAAGAGGCUCAGAAAGAAGAGAUCUACUUCGUACCAUCUCUCCUUGCCGCAAAGCCUGACGAAAGUAUCUUGUACCCUGGGCACAUGAGAAGAUACCGUUACCCUCUGUAUGUUGUAUUCGACAACAUGUUCUUCCCCGGUGGCAUGUUUCACCGUCUACAAGCAAUAUGUGUGCGCACGUUCGGUCUUGAAACGUCCCAAGUGUUCACCGGUUGCGGCCGCUUUCCUACCGAUGAUGUAAGGCAACAGUUCGUGGUAACCAGGGUGAAACACUGCCUGAAGGUGGAGCUUCUGUCAGUUGAAGAUGCAGAACAGCUAGUGUUCACACAGGGCCUUCCUGUUCGAAAGUUCCUCAGCAGCUGUCUCUUCGAAAUCAAGGAGAAGUGGAUUCCCUCCAUCCAGUAUCACUGGUGCUUUGGAGAGGAGUCAGAGGAAGAUACUGUCGAAACAGUAUUACAUCCGCUCUCUGACAUCGGGUAUGAAACGACAAUGGGGUCCAGUCGUUUUCCAGAAGACUUUAUUGAUGUCUGGAUGCGCGACAGCGGUGAGAAGGGAACGUUAUGUGCAGACAAUUCAGGUGGCACCGAACCAGUUAUGAUAGACCCCACCCUGAGCCCAGCUGAUACCAUGGUCCGUAGGAUUGGUCCUGUCCUGGACUAUAUGCUGACCCGCGGAGCGCUGAGUCUGGAGGAGUGUGAUCGGAUCGGACACGAGCUCACAUACGUCAGCAGGUUCAAAGAGUUGGUUGCUACCGUCAAUAGGGCCGGAUACACGUGCCGUCGCCUGCUGUCUGCGUCUUUAAAGGUUUUUGCGGAAAGCGAUAUGGUUCACGUGAUUCCUAGUCGGGAGGAAGAAAAGCGUAUCCUGGAGAGAGGGAAGAAGAUUCCCGAGCUUCCCAGAACAGUCUUUGACCGCAUCAUCACACGCCACACUACAGCAUCAGUGCCAAUUGAAGUAGAGAUUGGAGGCCGAGAGAUGAGAGUCCUUUACGAGCAGGCCUGUAAAGAGGGGUCCUACCAAGUCUUCUACAUCAGGCUAAUACUUGUAGGGCAACACGGAAAUGGGAAAACCAGUUUGAAGAACAGUUUACUUCUUCUAAAGUUCAACGAAGAUGAGGAAAACACUGACGGCAUUGUGAUCACCCCGUGUCUCGUGACUGGGAAGGAAGAGUGGAAAGUCACAAAAGGUAUGAAAAAUCAUCAACUUGCUCAUGCUGCUGCGACCGAAAUGAAGAAGAUGAUGGCAGAAAAGAACAAGCGAAAGUCAACUGCAUCCAAGAGGGCUGACGGAGACAACAGACCAAAGCAGAGUGACCGUGGCCACGGGGAUCAGGACACCAAAGGGUCUAGAUCAUCAUCACAACGACGUCUUGUCAGUUCACCAAGUCUAGUGGAAGCAACAGAUAGCAAGCCAAAGGAACAGACAGAGGAAUACAAAGGUGACACACGCAUCGUCCUCGGCACAGAGCCUGGACCAUCAUUGCAACAACAUCCUCCCAGUCAGCACAGCCAUGUGCGAGCAACAGAUAGCCGGCCAAAGGAACAAACAGAUGAGUACAAACUUGCCGCAAGCAUCGUCCUCGGCAGAGAUGACUUCUCCAAUAUUGUCGGAUCCAAGGAACAGCCGGCCAUGUCUAUCUGGGACUUCGCUGGGCACGAUGUUUACUACAGCAGCCACCAUGUCUUCUACAGUCACUAUGCCAUCUUCAUCCUCACUCUGAACCUCACCAAAGCUCUCACUGAGCCGCUUGAGCCUUGGGCUGGUAGCUGUGCAGAAGCCUUUCAGCUCAAAACGGAAGGAGACCUGGUAGACUACCACCUGGAGUCCAUUCGAGCACACACUAGACCACUUCAGACAACAGCCUCGAAUCCUGAUCAAGAGGAUGAUGCAAAACGAGACGGACAGCCUCCCGUGAUAGUGGUUGGCACAAAUAAGGACAAACUAAAGCAUGCACAGGACGAAGUUAAGGCCUUCCAUUGCACGGUCAAAGAACAUUUCAAGGGAAAGGCAAUCUCAAAACAUGUGGAAGAACCAUACUUUGCAGUUGACAACACUAUGCGUGAUCCAGAAGAUCCAGAGUUGUCAGAUCUCAGAGAAUUUAUCCUCAAAGUUGCCCAACAGCAAACCCACAUGGGCAGGGAAAUCCCAAUCAGAUGGCUGGAAUUGAAGUCAAGGCUCAUAGAAAUGGAAAAGGGGGGCAGGAAGUACUGCAGUUUCCAGGACGUGAUGGAUGCUACUGACAGCUCUCGCUUACCGGAGGGAUUCACACCAGAGAAAAAUGUUGUCACUAUCCUGAGGUUCUUCCAUCUGUGUGGAGACAUCCUGUUCUUCGACACUCCAGCACUCCGCAACUUUGUGGUGCUGGAUCCGCAGUGGUUUGUUGAUGUCCAAAAAACCGUCAUCACCAUCCCCAAGUUCCGGGAUCGUGAAGUAAAGGACAAAUGGGAGCAGCUCGAGGCCACAGGACUGCUAGAAGACAGCCUCAUCGAGCACGUGUGGAGCUCCAGAAAACGACAAGAGGAACUCAAGUGUAAGCUUACUGCUCACAAAGAUGAGCUGAUAAAGAUGAUGGAACAGUUUGACCUGGUCCUGCAGUGUAGUACUGGGAGUGAGGAUGAAGCAGAUACCGGUGAAGGCAGUUCAAAUCCAAUGACUACCACCUACUUUGUCCCUUCGCUCCUCACCACAGUUAAGGACAGACAAAGACUGUACCCAACCGGUACGAAAUGCAGCAAGCCUAUUUUUGUCGUAUUCGACGGCAAAUUCUUUCCCGUUAGCCUGUACCAUCGCCUUGUAAUCACAUGUAUGCGUCGUUAUAAUAAGCGAAAUCCACUAGCAUAUGCACGAUGUGCAAGGUUCAUCACAAGCAACCAAAAGCAGACCUUUGUCAUCACUAAGAAAGCCCACUACCUGAAGAUGGAGCUGGUGUCGUCAGAGAAGCGAGAGUCUGCCUGCUUCAGCCAUGGUCCGGAUAUUCAGAAAGGCCUGGAUGAAGACCUACGGGAGAGCAUCACCAAGUGGAUGCCGGGCAUAAAGUACAAGUGGUGCUUCCAAUGUUGCUGCCAGCCCCACAAGGAUAAGCACACUAAGAAAGAAUCAAAUGAUCUGGAUGAAGACGCAUUCAUUCCAAUCACGAGUGUCACAGAAUGGUUCGCGGAUGAAGAGGCCGUCUGUGAAACCUACUCGCCAGCCACAACCAACAUCGACGACAUUGGUCUUGCACACUGGUUCCAGAAACCAAAGCAGUGCUUGGAAUUGCAGAGCCAAGUUUUUGAGCCAGCGACCAUACGAGGUGACCGCCUCAACCCAGAUGAUGACGUAAAGGCAGAAACGACGGAAGACCUGAUUAGAGACAACUACGUACGUCUGUCGGAGAGACUACAGGUUGAAAAGCUGAUCCCUCAGUUCAUCCAGAAACGUCUCCUGGACUUUGCCGACCAGCAGGUCAUCAUGAGCAAAGUAACCACACAAAGCAAGGCCGAGACUUUAUUACAACUUCUGAGUGAGAAGGGAACGUGUACCCCUGAGGUGUUUGUGGAGAUUUUGAAGAAAGGAGACCACCGGCACGUUGUAGAUCGGCUGAAACGGACAAGUACACAAAAGCCCAUGGGUUCUUCAGACUAAUCUGAUUCUUUGGAUGAUAGGCUUGUUUGCUCCCAUACACAUGGAACAUCAUAAAGAGUCAUUGAUGAGUCACACCAUCGAACCAGCAGCUGCCAAAUUUCCAUAUCGAAUGCAGGGAAUCAUGAACAUACUAUAACCGACAAGAAAUCUUAUAGUUUCUGCUCGGUAAAAACUUUAAUAGAUGAUUUUGAAUGUGCUGAAAAUGUUUAUCUUUUGUAAAUUAUUUAAAAUCAUUUAUAAAUGAUUUGUAAAUGUGAGACAAAUCUCUUCCGGACAAAUGUUGUUACUUAUAACUUUUAUCUAAGCACGUAUUGCUGAAAAUGUUGCGCAUUUGGUUCCAAACAUUAGAUUUUCAAAAAUUUGAAACUUGUUUUCCAAUACAACUUUGAAGCAUAAACACCAGACACCUAGCCUGGUAUCCAUUGGUAUCUAUUUAGUUUCCAAGUGGAUGGAACCUAGUCACCCUGUCAACAGACCGGUACCUUUUUAUGUUGAUUACUAGCAUUUUUGGUAUUGUAUGUUAUCGAUAAAAUCAUGUUUUCCUUAAUUUGAUCGUAUCAACGGUCCUAACUGCGAUUAAGGUGGUCUUUAUGAGCCUCGUACAAACCUCAUGCAUGUCCAGUUCAAUAACUUUACUCAUGUAUUAAUGUUGGUCACUAUAAUUCUUUUUUUUUAUCAGAAGAUGUACCGUGUUUGCACCAGCAACAAGCAAACAAACAAACAAAAAAACAAGCAGUGCAAAUAUUUACAUGCAACUGAUGCUUGUAUGUUGAUAGAUUUCAGUUCCGCUGUAAAAAAACCUUUUCUCAAUGUCAUUGACUGUAGAUUGUAUAUUUGUAAACUAACUACAACAGUUAAGGUAUCUCUGUCAUGCAAAUAACAUGGCACAUAGUUAAGGACGGUUAUGAUGAUCUAAGAAAUGUGCAAUAUUUUUUUUUAAUCCUGGACAAAAGUACCAUCUGUUUAUGUGAAUUUAUACUGAUAUUAUCUAAUGUUUUGAAAUGUUAAUAAGUCAGUAUGAAGAAAAUUAAGAAAAAUAUGUUCUUUUAAUUUCAAGAUUUCUUGCAUUAUAGAAGAAACAAGCAGAUUUGAUAUGAAGUAUUGGAAUUCUUAAAUUGCUAGACUUGCCGAAACAGCUUGGCUUCGACAUCGGCGUCAGUUAGGGCUCCGUCACACAUGUCGUGCCAUCGUCGUACGAUUUUGAUGCCAUAGGAUACCAAUCACCGACAUGGAUCCAUGGAUAACAUUUUGUGCAAUAAGACGCUUAUUUUGUCCUCCGAAAUGCCCGAAGUUAGAGUUCGUACAACGAUCGAAAAACAUAUGUGGCCAAAUGAUGCGGAGUGAGCGACUCAAAGACGCAGUAUCGACUUUAUAAACAUAACAUGGUGACAACGGUUGUCGGAAGAUGGCAUCGCUUGAACCCUCACUACAACAAUCAUAAUUAUGUCAUCGUAAUGACCUCAUUUCA